UGCAUCUUGUUUUAAUAAUUUUUAAUCGAGUGUUUGAGUUUAGGCAGCUCCUGGCUUGAUAUUCUCAAAUGUAUUUCCCAGCUGGAACUAGCGCAGAUGAUAGGUACCGGGGUGAAGAACCAGUUCCUCGCUAAAUCCCAGUUGACCGGGACCGAGAUCUCCGCCUUCAACCUCGGAUCCCUGGGGGACGUUCUUAUGACACCCCUUCACACAGCCCACCAUCACGAGGGAUAUAAAGAUAAUCUUCAUGAAACCAGUUCCCAGAGUGUAGUGGUUGCAGUGGACAGGAUUUUUACAGGUUCUACGCAAUUGGAUGGAGAUGCUAUUGUUGAAUUCGUCCGAGCGCUAUGUCAGGUGUCGAUCGACGAGUUGCUGACGGUGCCGCAGCCCAGGAUGUUCAGCUUGACGAAGCUUGUUGAGAUCUCUUACUACAACAUGGGCAGGAUCAGGCUACAGUGGUCUAGGAUAUGGCAGGUUCUAGGUGAUCACUUCAAUGUUGUUGGGUGUAAUCCGGUUCAAGAUAUUUCAUUCUUUGCUGUAGAUUCACUUCGUCAGCUGGCAACAAAGUUUAUCGAAAAGGGGGAGCUGCCACAGUUCCAUUUUCAGAAAGAUUUUUUAAGACCGUUUGAGCAUAUUAUGAAAAAUAAUAAAUCUGGUAGUGUGAGAGAUAUGGUUGUCAGAUGUGUAGCUAACAUGGUUCACAGUCAGUCCUCUAAUAUAAAAUCUGGUUGGACGAAUAUAUUCUCAGUAUUUCAUCUAGCUGCAGCUGAUCAGGAUGAGAACAUUGUUGAGCUGAGUUUUCAAACAGUUGGAAAGAUAGUAACAGAUCUGUACGAGAUACAGUUCAAAAUAAUGGUAGAUUCCUUCCAGGACAGUAUAAAGUGCUUAUCUGAGUUUGCCUGUAACUCCUUGUUCCCUGAUACAAGCAUGGAAUCUAUUCGUCUCAUUAGACGUUGUGCUCAGUUUAUAUCUGGUCAUAAAGAACUUUUCCUGGACAACACGGUUGAUGAUUCUCAGGGACAGUUGCCUGAUAUUGAUCGUAUCUGGAUAAAAGGCUGGUUUCCUAUUCUUUUUGAACUCAGUUGUAUUGUGAGCAGAUGUAAACUCGAUGUUCGAACCCGUGGUCUAACCGUCCUAUUCGAUAUCGUGAAAACAUACGGAGAAGGAUUUGAGACUCAUUGGUGGAAGGAUUUAUUUCAGGUUUUGUUCCGAAUAUUUGAUUCUAUGAAGUUGAAGGAUGGAGACGAAGAUAAGAACCCUGAAAGGGUGGCGGCUAAGACUGAAUGGUUGAAUACUACCUGUAACCAUGCUCUGUACGCGCUGACCGACGUCUUCUCUCAAUACUUUGCUGUUGUAUCUCCUCUUCUACUCAUCGACUUGUUUGCCCAGCUGCAGUGGUGUGUACAGCAGGAUAACGAGCAGUUGGCCCGGUCCGGUAUUUCCUGCUUAGAAAACCUGGUUCUCAGCAAUGGAGACAAGUUUAAUGCAGAGUCUUGGGACUCACUUUGUCAGUGCCUACACGACCUGUUCUGUUCCACUACCCCCUCCCAGCUUAUGACCUGGGCGCCCUUGAAAGGGGGGCAACCCCUCUCACGGCCCCCCUCCGUAGAUCCUACACUUCUAGCAGAUAUAGACGGAGAUAUAGGAUACCCACCACCUCGACAUCACUCGAACCGCGCGAGUGUUGCGAGUAUUAUUAGUGAUGUGACCGACAACAGGCAGCUAUUCAGUUUACUCUCCGUGAAAUGUGUUGUCCAGUUAGAACUUAUUCAAUGCAUUGAUAAUGUCGUCUUCUACCCAGCUACCUCCAAAAAGGAAGAUGCCGCAUAUCUAGCUGUAGCUCAGAACUCGAAGAGCUCCUUCCUGCCUCCACCCUCUGACAGGGGAAUGUAUAGAUUCCUUUCCCUGCAGCACCUCUACACACUUUUGGACUGCUUAAUUCAAGCACAUAGGUUUGCCCGGGAGUUUAAUAUGAACAACGAACAACGGAACCUGCUCUGGAAAUCUAAUUUUAUCGGGAAUGCCAAACCAAAUCUUUUGAAGCAAGAGACUCAAGCUUUAGCCUGCUCUCUCCGGAUUAUGUUCAGAUUAUACCUGGAUCCUGGCCGGUCAGAUUGCUGGUCUGAAGUAGAGAACAGGUUGAUACCACUAGCGAAAGAGGUUAUCCAGUAUUAUCUGAGUCUAAGUUCUGAUUCCCAUGCUGAAGCCUGGACUGGAGUCCUUCUUCUUCUCUUCUCCCAGCUAUCCAGGUUGGAUGGAACGAGGUUAAAGGAGUUUAUCCCCAGCUUGUAUCCUUUAUUAUGUGAACUCUGGUUAAUAGAUCUUAGACCAGAGGUUUGCAGUGUCCUGCGUUCCUUAUUUCUACGUAUAGGAGAAGUAUAUUCUAUCACUAAACAAGAGAAUGGUGUACUGGAAUAGACAUUAGACAACCGUCUUUGUCUAAUAUUCAAUGAGACAUCAGACAACCGUCCUUGUCUAAUAUUCAACGAGACAUUAGACAUCCGUCCUUGUCUUCUUAAUUAGACAGGAACUGUGAGACAAGAGACACCAGGAAAUAUAGACGUUCAGAUAGUAUUCCAGAGAUACAAGACCUAAAAAAACCUACACUUUGUACCAGAUUAAUGUGAGCUUUUCUAUAAGUUAUAAUUACACAUUUGAUGCAGAGUAAAUUUCCUAUUUCAACAAAAAUUAAAUCAAUAAUCAUUUUUUCCGUCCAAAUUUUUUUUAGCGCCUAUAUCACCUUCCCUUCGUAUUAUGCAUUUUAUGGGAAUUGUCAAUCAUCAUUUUUUGGGGAAACGUUCGUAGUUUGGAUAAAAUGGUAGAUGUAGCAUCCAAAAAUUGAUUAAUUGUUAAAUAAAUUAUUAUUAAUUAUCAUCGGAAAUCUGUCGAAACUUAUUUUAUCGACACUAUUAUCAUUCCAGCACUGUGUGAUAUUGUGUGAUUAUUUAUAUAUAAAAUAUUAAUUUUUAUUAAUUUUAGAAUUUUAGUUAUUGUAAACACCUAGUUGUACCAGUUAAAUAUAUAUACUUAUCUAUUA